AAGAAGGACUCUCGAGCCUCGCAGAUAGAAAAGGACAUUUUCGGGGAAAAUAUGAAUCACAAGCUCGUAAAAAUUUCAGUGAUCAGAACGGAAAAAAACUGCCCAUCUUUUCCUCACUGACCCCCACGUUUCAACAUUUCCCUUGCCCUCUCCUUUUCCUAAGAAAAAAACUGGGCCCUGCAUUUAACAGAAGUUUUCGUCUCUGUUUCUCUCUGUACUUUUCCUCUAUCACCACUGCCAGCUUCACCUUCUCCAUUUCAGUCUUUCUCCCUGGAAGAAAGAACUGCACUUUCUCUUCUCUUAGAUUGCUGCAGUGGGUUUUUGUUUUUGUGUGCCUAGGUGCUCUAUAUUAGUGCUUUGAGUGUUUUAUUUUUGUUUUUAUUUUUUCGGGUAUAAUGACGGAUACAACAGACGAUAUAGCUGAGGAAAUCUCAUUUCAAAGCUUUGACGAUGACUGUAAGCUGCUUGGGAAUCUGCUAAACGAUGUGUUGCAGAGAGAAGUUGGAGGCAGAUUUAUGGAGAAACUUGAAAGGAACCGGAUCCUCGCUCAGAGUGCCUGCAAUAUGAGAUUGGCGGGGAUAGAGGAUACAGCUGAGCUGCUAGAGAAGCAGCUGGCACUGGAGAUGUCAAAGAUGACAUUAGAGGAAGCCUUGACUCUUGCUCGUGCAUUUAGUCAUUACCUUAAUUUGAUGGGGAUUGCUGAGACCCAUCACAGGGUUCGUAGGGCUCGAAGUAUGACACAUCUAUCAAAAUCUUGUGAUGACAUUUUUAAUCAGCUGUUACAGGGUGAAGUUUCUCCAGAGGAGCUUUAUAGCACAGUUUGCAAGCAGGAGGUUGAAAUUGUUCUUACUGCACACCCUACUCAAAUUAAUCGUCGUACCUUGCAAUAUAAGCACAUUAGAAUAGCUCAUCUUUUAGAUUAUAAUGAUCGACCUGAUCUUACUCAUGAAGAUCGAGAAAUGCUGAUUGAAGAUCUGGUGAGGGAGAUUACUUCAAUAUGGCAGACAGAUGAGCUUAGACGUCAUAAACCUACACCAGUGGAUGAAGCUAGGGCUGGCUUGAACAUUGUUGAGCAGUCCCUGUGGAAAGCUGUGCCUCAUUACUUACGUCGUGUUAGCAAUGCCCUGAAGAAGCAUACAGGAAAGCCACUUCCAUUAACUUGCACACCUAUAAAGUUUGGGUCUUGGAUGGGGGGUGAUAGAGAUGGAAAUCCCAAUGUAACAGCAAAGGUCACAAGAGAUGUUUCUCUUUUGUCUAGGUGGAUGGCUAUUGACUUGUACAUUCGAGAAGUUGAUAGCCUCAGAUUUGAACUAUCCAUGAAUCAGUGCAGUGAUAGGAUGUUAAAAGUGGCAAAUGACAUUCUAGUAGAAGGUUUGGGCUGUUGCCCUGUUUAAAUUUUUAUUAUAAAUUCUGAAGGAAUUCACUUGAAAUUUGUGAAAGAUGAUGCCCUUGCCUAGAAACAAAUGAGAAACUGCAUAAAGAGAUACUAAACAAGCUGGUACCUAUAAAAAUUGUUAAUGUAAAUUAUUUUUUAGUGCACCGUUCAUUAGCAAAACCUCAAUAUACAUGUUAAUUAGUGUUCUCUCAGGAAUUAUUGUCUUGACAUAUUUGAUUUUAGAAUUUAAUAAUAUGUUGUGGGAGCUGGUGAUCAAAUGAAGAUGUGUCUUGGAGUACAAAAGUAAUUAACGGUCAGGCUCCAACC